CCCUGGAAACUCCUCUGAAUGUUGAAGAGAAUUCAUUGUGAAUUUUUGAUAUUCAAGGGGCGUCAGUAUUUAUAUUCAGCUCUGGAACUGGGAAGAUUUAUAUUUUAUUAUUAUUGAAACGUCUUGGUAUCUACAAUGAAUGGACACAGCGAUGAAGAAAGUGCCAGGAACAGUAGUGGAGAAUCCAGCCAGUCGGAUGAUGAUUCCGGGUCAGCUUCAUGCUCUGGGUCUGCGUCGAGUUCUGCAAGCAGCAGUGAUGGGAGCAGCAGCCGGUCCGGGAGCAGCGACUCUGACUCAGGCUCGGAGUCUGGCAGCCCUUCGGAGUCGGAGUCGGAGUCGGACACAUCUCGGGAGAACAAAGUCCAAGCCAAGCCCCCCAGAGUUGAUGGAGCUGAGUUUUGGAAGUCUAGCCCCAGUAUUCUGGCUGUUCAGAGAUCUGCAAUGCUCAAGAAGCAACAGCAGCAGCAGCAGCAGCAGCAACAGCAACAAACUUCAUCAAAUAGCGCAUCAGAAGAGGACUCUUCUAGCAGUGAAGAUUCUGAUGACUCAUCAAAUGAGGUUAAAAGGAAAAAACAUAAAGAUGAAGACUGGCAGAUGUCUGGGUCUGGGUCUCCAUCACAGUCUGGCUCAGAUUCUGGAUCUGAAGAAGAAGGAGAAAAAAGCAGCUGUGAUGAGACAGAAUCUGAUUAUGAGCCAAAAAACAAAGUUAAAAGCAGAAAACCUCAAAACAGAUUGAAGUCAAAAAAUGGGAAAAAACUUCUUGGUCAAAAAAAGAGACAACUUGAUUCGUCUGAGGAAGAGGAUGACGAUGAAGAUUAUGAUAAUGAUAAAAGAAGUUCUCGCCGCCAAGCAACAGUCAAUGUUAGCUAUAAGGAAGAUGAGGAGAUGAAAACAGAUUCUGAUGACCUCCUGGAAGUUUGUGGCGAGGAUGUCCCUCAACCUGAGGAAGAAGAGUUUGAGACCAUAGAAAGGUUCAUGGAUUGUCGGAUUGGAAGGAAAGGAGCUACUGGUGCUACUACAACCAUCUAUGCAGUUGAAGCAGAUGGUGACCCAAAUGCAGGAUUUGAAAAAAAUAAAGAACAAGGAGAGACUCAGUAUCUAAUUAAGUGGAAAGGAUGGUCCCAUAUUCAUAAUACUUGGGAGACAGAAGAAACUCUUAAGCAGCAGAAUGUCAGAGGAAUGAAGAAACUGGAUAAUUAUAAGAAAAAAGAUCAGGAAACAAAAAGAUGGUUGAAAAAUGCUUCUCCAGAAGAUGUGGAAUACUAUAAUUGUCAGCAGGAACUGACAGAUGAUCUACAUAAGCAAUAUCAAAUAGUGGAGCGGAUAAUUGCUCAUUCCAAUCAAAAAUCAGCAGCUGGUUAUCCUGAUUAUUAUUGCAAAUGGCAGGGACUUCCAUAUUCAGAGUGCAGCUGGGAGGAUGGAGCUCUCAUUUCCAAAAAGUUUCAGCCCUGCAUCGAUGAGUAUUUUAGCAGGAAUCAAUCAAAAACCACUCCUUUUAAAGAUUGUAAAGUGUUAAAACAAAGGCCAAGAUUUGUAGCCCUGAAGAAACAGCCAUCUUAUAUUGGAGGGCAUGAAGGUUUAGAAUUAAGAGAUUAUCAGCUAAAUGGCUUAAAUUGGCUUGCUCACUCUUGGUGCAAGGGAAAUAGUUGCAUACUUGCUGAUGAAAUGGGCCUUGGGAAAACAAUACAGACCAUCUCAUUCCUGAACUAUUUGUUUCAUGAACAUCAGUUAUAUGGACCUUUCCUAUUAGUGGUUCCACUUUCCACUCUCACUUCUUGGCAACGGGAAAUUCAGACCUGGGCUUCUCAAAUGAAUGCUGUUGUUUAUCUAGGUGAUAUUAACAGCAGAAACAUGAUAAGAACUCAUGAAUGGAUGCAUCCCCAGACCAAAAGGUUAAAAUUCAAUAUCUUGUUAACAACUUAUGAAAUUUUAUUGAAGGAUAAGGCAUUCCUUGGAGGUCUCAACUGGGCAUUUAUAGGUGUUGAUGAAGCACACCGAUUAAAGAAUGACGACUCUCUUCUGUAUAAAACCUUAAUAGACUUCAAGUCCAAUCACCGUCUCCUCAUCACUGGAACACCUUUGCAGAACUCCCUUAAAGAGCUCUGGUCUUUGCUCCAUUUCAUCAUGCCAGAAAAGUUUUCUUCCUGGGAAGAUUUUGAGGAAGAGCAUGGCAAAGGUAGAGAAUAUGGCUAUGCAAGCCUCCACAAAGAACUGGAGCCAUUUCUGUUACGCAGAGUUAAGAAAGAUGUGGAGAAAUCUCUUCCUGCCAAGGUGGAACAGAUUUUAAGAAUGGAAAUGAGUGCUUUACAGAAACAAUAUUACAAAUGGAUAUUAACUAGGAAUUACAAAGCCCUCAGCAAAGGCUCCAAGGGCAGUACCUCAGGCUUUUUGAACAUUAUGAUGGAGCUAAAGAAAUGUUGUAACCAUUGCUACCUCAUUAAACCACCGGAUAAUAAUGAAUUCUAUAACAAGCAGGAGGCCUUACAACACUUAAUCCGUAGUAGUGGAAAAUUAAUUCUUCUUGACAAGCUGUUAAUUCGCCUAAGAGAACGAGGAAACCGAGUUCUUAUUUUUUCUCAAAUGGUGCGGAUGUUAGAUAUUCUUGCAGAAUAUUUGAAAUAUCGUCAGUUCCCCUUUCAGAGAUUAGAUGGAUCAAUAAAAGGGGAGCUGCGGAAACAAGCUCUAGAUCAUUUUAAUGCUGAAGGAUCAGAGGAUUUCUGCUUUUUACUUUCCACAAGAGCUGGAGGUCUAGGGAUUAAUUUAGCAUCUGCUGAUACUGUUGUUAUAUUCGAUUCUGAUUGGAAUCCACAAAAUGAUCUUCAGGCACAGGCUCGAGCUCAUCGAAUUGGACAAAAGAAACAGGUGAAUAUUUAUCGUCUGGUUACAAAGGGAUCAGUUGAAGAGGAUAUUCUCGAAAGGGCCAAAAAGAAGAUGGUUUUAGAUCAUCUUGUAAUUCAAAGAAUGGACACAACGGGGAAGACAGUGCUACACACAGGUUCUGCCCCCUCAAGUUCUACUCCUUUCAAUAAAGAAGAAUUGUCAGCCAUUUUGAAGUUUGGUGCAGAAGAACUAUUUAAGGAACCUGAAGGAGAAGAACAGGAGCCCCAGGAAAUGGACAUAGAUGAAAUCUUAAAGAGGGCAGAGACGCAUGAAAAUGAACCAGGUCCUUUAACUGUGGGUGAUGAACUGCUCUCUCAGUUCAAGGUUGCCAACUUUUCAAAUAUGGAUGAGGAUGACAUUGACUUGGAACCUGAAAGAAAUUCAAAGAAUUGGGAGGAAAUCAUUCCAGAAGAUCAAAGAAGACGUUUAGAAGAGGAAGAAAGACAAAAAGAGCUUGAAGAAAUUUAUAUGCUCCCAAGAAUGAGGAACUGUGCAAAACAGAUUAGUUUUAAUGGUAGUGAAGGAAGGCGGAGCAGAAGCAGGAGAUAUUCGGGAUCUGAUAGUGAUUCUGUCUCCGAAAGGAAGAGGCCAAAGAAACGUGGACGACCACGGACAAUUCCUCGGGAAAACAUUAAAGGAUUUAGUGAUGCAGAAAUUCGGCGGUUCAUCAAGAGUUACAAGAAAUUUGGUGGCCCUCUGGAAAGAUUAGAUGCAAUUGCUCGAGAUGCUGAGUUAGUUGAUAAAUCAGAGACAGACCUCAGACGACUAGGAGAAUUAGUACAUACUGGUUGCAUCAAAGCUUUAAAGGAUACUUCUUCAGGAACAGAACGAACAGGUGGUAGACUUGGAAAAGUGAAGGGUCCAACAUUUCGAAUAUCAGGAGUUCAGGUGAAUGCCAAGCUAGUCAUUUCCCAUGAAGAAGAAUUAAUACCACUACACAAAUCCAUUCCUUCAGAUCCAGAAGAAAGAAAGCAGUAUACUAUACCAUGCCACACAAAAGCAGCUCAUUUUGAUAUAGACUGGGGCAAAGAAGAUGAUUCCAACUUGUUGAUUGGUAUCUAUGAAUAUGGAUAUGGAAGCUGGGAAAUGAUUAAAAUGGAUCCUGAUCUCAGUUUAACACACAAGAUUCUUCCAGAUGAUCCUGAUAAAAAGCCACAAGCAAAGCAAUUGCAGACACGUGCAGACUACCUCAUCAAAUUACUUAGUAAAGAUCUUGCAAAAAAAGAAGCUCAGAGACUUUCUGGUGCAGGAGGAUCAAAGAGAAGGAAAGCAAGAGCUAAGAAGAAUAAAGCGAUGAAAUCUAUAAAAGUAAAAGAAGAAAUAAAGAGUGAUUCUUCUCCUCCACCCUCAGAAAAGUCUGAUGAAGAUGAUGAUAAAGAUGAGAUCACUUCUGUGAAACAUCCAAAUAAAAAAAUUAAAACAGAAAGAGACAGUGAAGAAAGACCUGAGCCAGAUGUUUGUAUAAAGAAGGAACCAGAAGAAAAGAGGGAAGCAAAAGAAAAAGAGAAUAAAAGAGAACUUAAAAGGGAGAUAAAAGAAAAAGAGGAUAAGAAAGAUUUAAAAGAAAAAGAUUUUAAAGAAAAAAGAGAAAACAAAAUUAAAGAAGCUAUGCAGAAAGAAAAAGACAUAAAGGAAGAAAAGUUGAGUGAAUCCAAGUCUGAGAGCAAGGAAAAAUCUAAGAAAUUAUCUGUGUUGGAUGCUCCAGUUCAUAUCACUGCGAGUGGUGAACCAGUUCCCAUAUCUGAAGAAUCUGAAGAGCUGGACCAGAAGACAUUCAGCAUUUGUAAGGAAAGAAUGAGACCUGUCAAAGCAGCCUUGAAGCAACUUGAUAGGCCUGAGAAAGGCCUUUCAGAAAGAGAGCAGCUGGAGCACACUAGACAAUGCCUGAUAAAGAUUGGUGACCAUAUCACAGAGUGUCUGAAAGAGUAUGCAAAUCCUGACCAGAUUAAGCAGUGGAGAAAAAACCUGUGGAUCUUUGUUUCUAAAUUUACUGAGUUUGAUGCAAGAAAACUACAUAAGUUAUAUAAACAUGCUAUUAAAAAGCGGCAGGAAUCUCAGCAAAAUAAUGACCAGAACAGCAAUUUGAAUGCUCAUGUGAUUAGAAACCCAGAUUUGGAAAGAUUAAAGGAAAACACAAAUCAUGAUGAUAGCAGCAGGGACAGUUACUCAUCCGACCGACAUUUAUCCCAGUAUCAUGAUUAUCAUAAAGAUCGGCAUCCAGGCGAUUCUUACAAAAAGAAUGACUCUAGGAAACGACCUUACUCGUCUUUUAGUAACGGGAAAGAUCAUCGUGAUUGGGACCAUUAUAAGCAAGAUAACAGAUAUUAUGGUGAUAGAGAAAAACACAGAAAACUGGAUGACCAUAGAAGUAGAGAUCACCGGUCGAAUUUGGAAGGAAGUUUGAAAGAUAGAUCUCACUCUGAUCACCGAUCUCAUUCUGAUCAUCGUUCACAUUCAGAUCAUAGAUCGGGCUCUGAAUACUCGCACCAUAAGUCAUCCAGGGAUUAUAGGUAUCACUCGGAUCGGCAAAUGGACCACAGAGCUGCGAGUAGUGGCCCGAGAUCUCCGCUUGAUCAGAGGUCUCCUUAUGGCUCCAGAUCUCCGUUUGAACAUUCAGUCGAACACAAAAGUACGCCCGAGCAUGCCUGGAGUAGUCGGAAAACAUAACAAAGACUGAUGUGUUGUCUCUUUGGACUUUUCUUUUAGCCAUAUAUCAUAAACCAACACGGUAAUUGCCUUACAUGACUUGAAAGAUAGAAACAGAUCUUCUAUCAGUAGCAGUAUUGUUACUUCUUCCAGGAUGCAAGGUCUAUUAUCCCAACAAAAGAGAAAAUAUUUUUUAUAUUUAAGGAUUAUGCUGCACUGUACUACAAAUGUGGUACUUUUUUUUUUCUUUUUUUAAGAAAUGAAAAUGUUUACUAUUACAGGGACCUCAACACUGCCCUUGCGUAUAGGCUGGAUAAAACUUUUUAAGUCAGAUUUUAGACUGACCUUCAUUUAAAUUAUGUUUGUAUAUGAACUUUUACUCUGACCUGUGAUCAUGUUUCAGGAAGGAAUGAAAGAGAGUUCUUUUCUUAAUAAAGGAAAAACACUCAAGGACUUUGUUCACUUUCCAAAGCUACUUGUUUACAUUGUACACUGCGACCACCUUGCCGCUUUUCAUCACAAGCUUGAAUAUUUAAAUUCUGUACUUAAAACUGUAAAAUAGCCAGGAAUUUCCUGUUUGUGAUCUAUUAUUAUGCCUUUUUACACACGAAAAAAUACAGCUGUAAAUUAUUGUAAAUGGAUUAAAUAAGCUUUCCUUACUUUUUCCCUUUUCUCAGGCUUUUUUUGACUGUUUCUUUCCCUACCAACUCAGGCCUUCUUAUCAUUAAAAGAUAAUGUGUAAUAACACUUUUUAAUGAUUUGUCUUGAUGGAAUCAAUGUUUAGAAUGUAAAAAAUGGGGAAAGGGGCCACUUAAUUCCAUUAGUCCCUCUUUUUAUAUUGACUAUUUUAUUAGAUACAUGCUAUUUCUUCCCCUUUUAUUCUCUUUUUUAUUUUUA